AUGCGCCAUGCAAAGGAAAAGCAAACCUAUUACCAUAACCGCCAUGGGACAAAAGAACUAUCCCCACUGAAACCUGGUGAACUCGUAAGAAUCCGACCAGAACCAGGGUCGAAGCUAUGGAGACAAGCAACUGUGGUCGACCAUCAUUCAUCACCUCGGUCGUAUAUUGUAGACACAGGACAACGAAAGCUUAGACGUAACCGAGUAGCCUUAAGAUUAGACUCAGGAAGAUCAGCAGUGGAAGUAGCAGAGAAUUAUUACGGUACCAAUGACGAUAUGAGCCACCAAUGCAAGAAACCCUUGAUAACCCAAACCCGGUAAGCGUACCACCAGCUCAUCACCCACCAGUAGAAACAGCAACGUCCACGGUGAAAGACAAGGAAACGCCUGUCAAGAAGUUAGGAUCAGAAACUCACCACACACACUACACUACGAGAAGUAGAAGAAUCAGCAGAAAACCAGCUAAGUUGAACAUUUAAUAUAUGAAUGACAUUAUUCAUUACUUAGAGACUUAUAGACCUUUAAAGACCCAUAAAGACUUUUAGUUUUGGGGACAUUUACUUUAAAGAAUUCUUAGUUUCAUAUUUUGUUUAGUUAUCCUUUAUUGACGUUGGAGGGGAUGUUAUGUAUUCAGUGAAUUGUUAGAGAUCAGUGUUGCUUGAGAUUAAAGAUGGCGGCCGUAUGAAAUAUACAACAGAUACCUUUCGACUUUGAAGUAAGUUUCCAAUUAUUGAGACGUUGGUUUAGUUGUAUGAAUAAAUUUCUAGAUCUGAUCGAACAUUGCUAUUCAGCAGUAGCAACGCGUAGCGUUGAAAUUCAUCAGUCCAUGGCAUGCUAGUACAACAUCGGUCGCUUCAAAGUUAAUCAAACGCUUCGCAAUCUUCACAUAUUCAGGUCGAGAAUCUUCAUAACUACUUUGGCUCUCUGUUUAGCGGGUUUUCCAUUACAAAUUUCGUAUAUUUUAUCGAAAAAGUCCCUGUAUUUUCGCUGUAUAUUUUCGCGAAUCAAAUUCUGUUCACAUAUGUUGUUGUUUUCAAUAGCGUGGAGAAUUAGAAAUAGAAAAUCUCCAGGAGAAUUAGAAAUAGAAAAUCUCCCUGGAUUACAAAAGAUUUAAGACGCCAGAUAUUUAACCGAGAUUACCUAAAAAAGAAAGCUGUUACAUCAUGCAAUGAUCCUAAAAUCUGGCAUCAAUAUCGACAAACUCGAAAUCACAUUAAUAAUGAAAUUAAAAAAACUAAAUAAGCUUAUUAUAAGAAUAAUCUUGAAUCGAGUAAAGGCAACAUGAAAAAAACAUGGAAUCUUAUAAAUGAACUAAGCUCUAGAAAUGUAAGCAAAACUAAAAAGAUAACACAAUUAGAUUUUGAAGAGCGAGAAAUAACUGCACCUGAAGAAAUAGCUGAAACAUUUAACAGCUACUUCUCAGGUAUUGGUGAAAAACUUGCUUCCGAUAUUCCUGCUCCUGUGCGUGAUCCAGUAUUUUAUCUUAAACCAACUGAUAAAUCUUUCUCUCUCAAAACUCCCUCCGUUAACACAGUUUAUCAACUGCUGACUACAUUAGAUGAUAAGAAGUCAGCUGGUUUAGACAAUAUACCAAACAGAUUCCUAAAGAUAGCUGCAAGUGUUAUUGCACACUCGUUAACAGGAAUAUUCACUGCAUCUAUAAAUACCGGAAUAUUCCCGUAUGAAUGGAAGGCAAGCAGAGUAACGCCAGUAUUUAAGAGUGGCACAAGAAAUAACCCAGGCAACUAUCGGCCUAUAUCAAUUAUUCCAUGUGUUGCUAAAAUUUUUGAAAAAAUCAUUUUCGAUCAACUACAUGGGUAUCUUGAUUCAAAUAAUUUGCUGAACACAUGCCAAUAUGGGUUUCGACCGUUUCAUAGUACCCUAACAGCGUUGCUAGAAGCCACAAGCGACUGGUCCAUGAAUAUUGACAAUGGCCUAAUUAACGGAGUUGUAUUUAUUGAUUUAAAGAAAGCUUUUGAUACGAUCGAUCAUCAAAUUAUCCUGCAAAAGCUUAAAAAUUAUGGUAUUGACGAAACCAGUCUAACCUGGUUUCAUUCAUAUCUCACUGAUAGAACUCAAAAGUGCCGGGUAAACGGUCAACUGUCAGAUUCUGUGCCAGUGGCCUGCGGUUUCACUCAAGGUAGCAGUCUAGGGCCAUUGCUAUUCCUCAUCUACAUUAAUGAUUUACCGAACUGUCUUGAUCAUACAACUGCAAGAAU